AUGCGCACGAGCAAAAUCAAAGGAAAAAGCAAGGCCAAGAGCACCGUCAAAGCGGCGGCGGCAGCCGCGGCUGUGCAGGCCGCGCGUGUCCCACGGGGCCUCGACGAGGUCGUCCGGCCCGGCGCCCAGCUUGCUGCGCUCCUGGACGAGCCGAUCCGGUUCGUAGGGAGCUCGCGCGAUGAGCUCAAGGCCAGCAUGAGCCUGGACGCUGCGCGCUCAGCGCACCUCGAGAUUGUCAACGAACCGGACGAGCCCGUCCGCCGUCCGUCGGCGGCGCCUGCCGAGGCGGCCCGCUCGCCGAACCGGGCACGGCCAGCUGGGCUGUACGCGCCAUCGCUCGCACUGCGCCUGCCGCGGCAGGGGCUGCGUGUGGCGGGCCUGUACAACCGCGGCAACACGUGCUACCUGAACAGUGUGAUGCAGGCGCUGCUGCACACGCCGCCGCUGGCGGCGGCGAUGCUCACGCAGAGUGUGCCGACGCUGCUGGGGCGCUAUGGCAUGCCGCGCACGCAGAAGCAGGCGCUCAAGGCCGCGUCCAUGUUCAACCCCGUGGCCGCCCUAAAAGAGCUGUUCGAGCGCGCGUACAGCGGGACCAGCGCCGUGGCACCGACGCAGCUGGUCGCGAAUCUGCGCAAGUUUGCACGGCCAUUGCGGCCAGGGCGCCAAGAGGAUGCGCACGAGUACCUGCGCCUCCUCCUCGAGUCGAUGCAGCAGGCGAGUGUGUGCUUCGCCGGCAAGGACGUGCCGCCCAACGACCCGCUGCUGGCCACGACGCUCGUGCAGCAGAUCUUUGGCGGGCGCCUGCGCAGCCGCGUGACGUGCCACAGCUGCCGACACCACUCGGACACGUUCGACCCUGCGAUGGAUCUGAGCCUGGACGUGCGCAAGGGCAUCAGCAACGUCAAGCAGGCGCUCGAGGCGUUUACCGCGCCGGAGGCGCUCGCGGACAAGUACCAGUGCGACAGCUGCCACGCGCGCGUCGAUGCGACCAAGCGCUUCACGGUCGAUCGCGCCCCGCUCGCGCUGACCGUGCACUUGAAGCGCUUUGGCCUGCUGGGCAAUAAGAUCAACAAGCCCGUGAGCUACACAGAGCGCCUGCACCUCGGGCGCUACAUGAGCGAGCGGCCGAAGGCGGGCGCCGCGGACCCCGAGGCCUACCGCCUGUAUGCGAUCGUGCACCACUAUGGGAGCGGACCGCAUGUCGGCCACUAUGUCGCGAGUGUGCGUGCGGCCGACGGCCAGUGGCUGCGCAUGGACGACUCGGACGUGUCGCCCCUGCGCCACUGCCCCGUCGACGACCCGUCGGCGUAUGUGCUCUUUUACUUGCGCGAGCCGAGCGCGCCCGAGGCGCCCGCCGCCAGCUCUGCGCGUGCGUCUGGCCCGCCCAGUCCCGCGAAGCGCGAGGCGCCCGUCGCGCGCCUUGACGAUACCUUGGGCGAGCCUGUCUCGCGGGCUGCGUUCCUGCAGGCGCAGGGGCUCGCGCACCGGGGCAGCGAGUCGGACGACGACGCGCAGCGCUCGCCGGGCGAGCCGGCUUCGAGCCCCGGUCGCCGCCGCAAGAAACGGAAGCGAGCUAUGUAG